AUGUGGCGCCUGCCUCUGCUUGCAUCGCUGGCACGUGCGGCGCCUUCUGGCGAAGCGGUUUCGAAUCUUCCAGGGUAUGGCCCACCGCCAGCGCCGCAGUAUUCCGGCUUUCUGGAUGCCGGAGCAGUCGAACCGGGGACUCAGCUCCACUACUGGUUCGCCGCUGCAGAAUCUGCGGAUGCAGCCUCCCUGCCCGUGGUGCUGUGGCUGAAUGGCGGACCUGGCAGCAGCUCGAUCUUGGGCAUGUUGCAGGAGAAUGGGCCCUUCCUCAUCAAUGCCACCGGUGGACUCAUGCGAAAUCCGUAUGCUUGGACCAAGCAAGCCAACCUCUUGAUCCUGGAGAGUCCUGGAGGUGUUGGAUACUCCUAUUGCGCGGCCAUGAAGGCAGGCGGCAACUGCAACAAUACAGAUAUCUCCACGGCCCGCGCGAAUCGUGCAGCGGUGCAGGACUUCUUCAAGAAGUUUCCAGAGCUGAAGGCCAACGAGUUCUUCAUCACAGGCGAAUCCUACGCAGGAGUCUACAUUCCGACACUGACGCAUGAGAUUCUUGAAAAUGCGCCUGAAGUCAAAAUGAUUCUGGUUGCCGUUGGUGAUCCUUGCACCGACCUGCCAUCGCAGAAAGAGUCGAUGGACAUGUUGUGGUAUGCACACAAGCACGGCUUCGUUCCUGACAGUGACUUCGACUAUCUCUGGAACAACUGCUCAGCAAGGCAUCCAUCCUUCCUAGCACGUGGGCACUGGCGCCGGUCAGCGGGGCGCUGGGAAGCCAAGAUCGCGCCCAGCUUGGCCUCGGCAUCGGACGAGAAGUGCAAGCUGCUGAACCGACAGUUCUUGGCCACCACAUCCCGUGGUCUUUCCCAAGGCUGGAAGAAGGCCUACAUCAACGAGCUGAACCUCUUUUCGGACGCUUCGGCCCUGGACUGGUCUCUGCCAGGCACCUUGAACUACUACACGGCACAGUGGAUGAUGCGGGCGGAUGUGAAAGCAGCUCUGCAUGUGGAGAGCUCCCCGGCGACCUCCUGGCCAGGUCCGCCGGAUGGCUGGCAAUACACCAGCAGCUACAACGCCUGCAACGACGCACCGGGCAAGCCGAGCAUGAUCGAUUUCUACCGCAUGAUCGCUCCAAAGCUGAGGACGACGAUCGUUUUCAAUGGCGACACUGACCCCUGCGUCUCCUAUGAGGGCACACGCACGGCCAUCGAGAAAGUCGGCUAUGCAGUGGUUCCCGGUGGUCACUACCGCCCGUGGUUCUACGACAAGACGGCCGCGGAGAUCGGAAUUCUGAAAGAGAAGCCCAACCUCUUCGGCCCCAACCUCGAGCUGCAGCCUGCCGGGGCCCAGUUCGGUGGCCACGUGGUGGACUACGAGCAUGGCCUUUCCUUCGCCACCGUUCACGGCAGUGGACACAUGGUGCCGCAGUUCCGUCCCCAAGCAGCUGUCCGCUUGCUUGACCGUCUCCUUUCGGGCAAAGCUUUCACACCCCUCCUUCCAAGUGACUCAGAGCUUGCGGCCAUGGACGACGACGCCUUUGACCAGGCAGUUGACCAGUGGACCGACAAAGCAGAGAAAGACGUCACUGCACGAAUUACUUCCUUGGUUGUUUGA